UAGCUUUUGCCGCGGCGCCUGGCAGUCCAUUGGCGAAGUCCUAACGAGCAGCGGCCCGAGAGCGGAGCAUUCCCACGGAAAGAUUCGUAAAGGCUCGGGAAGCGCGGGCGAAAGUGGACGCGGCUUUUUUUCUCCCGCGCGUAUCGAUACGCCGUGAAAAGAAAUUUUUUGUCACCUCCUUUUUUUUUCCCCUUUUCACACAGACCUCCGCCUCUCCGCGGUUCGGCGGUCACCGGCGGUCGCACCCUCGCGCUAUACAUUUCACCGCGUCGACGAGACAAAUCGUCGCGCAGGGAAACAUUUAUUAUCUUGGUGCGGAGACUCUCGAGACGGCACUUGUGAAGUGACUCGCGUAUCCCCUCGCCGUUCGGCGAGCGAGAGAUUUGAAAGACGGUGCAAUCCUCGGAUGAAUCCUCGAUGAACGUGUACCGUGAAAUUUUAGUGCUCCGGACCACGGGUCUGUCGGCGACAUGUGAUCGUGCACGGGAGAGAAAGAGAGGGAGAGAGAAAGGAGGGAAGAUAGAUCGCGCGUGAAUUCGCACGCCGACUCUCCUCUUCGGACUCGAUCUCUCGAGCGAUCGUGGAAAUCGAAGGCGCACGCCGCUCUCUCACCUCCUACCCUCGUUGACACGCGAAUGUAACGGCAUUUGUUAUCGGAUCGUUAUCAGAGUUUAAAGGAAGGCGACGAAGAAAGAGAAAUGUAGCGUGGGAAGAGCGAGCGUGUUAUAGCCUUUAACUGCGAGACGACACACACAUACACCUUCUCUUUCUCUCGGAAACGCGACGGAAAGUGUCAAUAGAGAGAGAGAGAGCGGGAGCUGUGAUUUUUGACAGAGUACGGUUUCAGUGAAGCUGCAUGAAGAAAAACGACCGGCGGUGCGGUGGCGCAACGGAAAAGAGAGGAAAAAGUAGAGCGGAGGGAAAAAAUAAGUGGCGGAAAUUCUCGCAGUGCCGUCGCGUAACAAAGAAGAAUCUGCAGUCGAAAGAAGGGCGAGAGCACGCCGGGCAAACGAGAGAAUGAGGGAACUUUCCUGGGGUGAACGAGUCGAAUGCCGAGCAAAAAGAAGAUGAGAUAAACAAUAGUGCUGCCGCGUACUGCCAACUUUGGGAAUAGAAAUGAGUUGAGGAUCGACUACGAUGUUGAGUCGUCUUUCGGCCGUGGUGGCCUCCAUUUUGGUUCACCAGAUGUAUUUUCUAUGCACUGCCAACUUAGGUGCAAAGCCAUUUCCAGGUUUUGAAAAUUUACCACGCUCAUUUUGGCACGAGCUUAGUUCACCUUUCACAGAGGUUUACGAGGUGGAGAAUUUCGUGACUGAAACAGGCGGCACUCCUGAACCGAGGCCAUUUUUCGAGGAUCCAGAAAGCAACAUUACUGUACAACUCGGUGCUCAAGUCUACAUGCAUUGCAGAGUACAAAAUCUACAAAAUACUCUUAAGGUGUCCUGGGUGCGCAGACGGGGAGAGGAACUUCAUUUGCUCACCAUUGGCCUGGACACAUAUGCGAGUGACUCCAGAUUCUCCCUGGCCUUUGAGAAGCCUAAUGACUGGCGAUUGCUUCUGCGCUCCGCUACGGAACGCGAUGCCGGCCUUUACGAGUGUCAAGUCAGCGCCCACCCACCAUUAAUCAGAACUGUCCAUCUAGCGGUGUCAGUGCCGAAGGUGGAAAUAGUGGAUGAGCAUGGCGCCACGGCUGGUGACAAGUUCUACAAAGCGGGUAGUACAAUAGAGCUGAAGUGCGUAGUCAGCAAUAUACCGCAACCCACUGGCUAUGUCACGUGGCGACACGGAUCUCGUACGUUAAAUUACGACACGACUCGCGGUGGCAUCAGCGUCAAGACGGACAUGGGUGCAGCCGGUGCGGUGUCUAGGCUCUACAUCGCAAAUGCGAAUAAAAAGGACAGCGGGAACUAUAGCUGUGCCCUGGCGAACGUAGCAGCAGCCACUAUGGUGUCCGUCCACGUGCUAAACGGGGAGAAUCCGGCUGCCAUGCAACACGGCGGUACCACGGUCCCGAGGGCGACCUUUAUCUUUACCGUUGUGAUAUCACUAUCAUCGCUCCUGAGGUGACCGUGAUGACCCCGGUGCAUUUAGGACCUGCGAUCCGAAUGGUGCUAACUUUCUCCUACCCCUACGGUGACCCGUGACGCCCGGGACGUCCCUCCGAAAACUUUGGGGGCUCCUUUCGCGCAUGCACGCCGCACAUGCGAUUGCCGCGAAUUACGUAGAACGGGUAUAGGGUAUUUCUCACGCGAGGUGCAGGUGUAUACACGCGCGCGUAUGUGUGUGUGUGUGUGCGUGCGUAUGUGUAUGUGUGCGCGCGCGGUAACGACUGGGGAUAUCAUCCGAAUCCGUUUCGAUCGUGGACUUAACUUUUGGACAAGUAGCGAAUAGCUACGGCGUCUCGUCGCAGUUUCGUCGCACGGCGAGACGGCGUAUAUCAAUUUCCACAGAGCAUUUUCGAGCAUCUCCCGAGGAACUUGACUAAUCGCUUCCAGCGGCGAUCAAUGCGGGAUUUGCGACUCGGGGAGGGCGAAUGGCGUUCGCGCUCAGAAACGCACGCUGUGAAUUUCAGGAAGAGGGAUGGCAACUUGCGAGCGUUUCUCCUUUGCGUUUGAGCUCGCAGUACUAACGUAUUAACCCUGCAUUGUUAAUGCGUACCUUAUUUACGUUCGCGGCAUCCGCGGCGUUCCAAUGUGGAUAUACGUUAAUUAAGAGAGUUUCGUUCAUGUGAUGUGUAACGCCUGUCUUAACACGACACGCGUUUGCGAUUGCGCUGAAAAAAAAAAAAGAA